UGAAAAUCGCGGGGAAAUCUGGAAAUCUCCUAGAGUAGUACAAGUAUGGGAAAGAAGAGUUCAGAUUUCAGACCGGUUUAUUCCUUUAUUUAAUAAAUAAGCAGCAGUCCGGAAAGCAAAGUACGAAACAGCUCCCUUUCCCUCCUAUAAAACCAUACCCGAAGACUUUAAACUCUUAAUUUUCUCUGAAUUUUACAACUUGAUUUUCGUCUAAGCAAAGUUGUAUCAAUGGCGGAUCAGCGUCCAACACUGGGUCCAGCCAGUUUCUGGACGCAGGCCAACGCUCUUCUCAGAAAGAACUUAACUUUCCAGAAAAGGAACAUAGGGGCAAACAUUCGGCUGAUUUCCUUCCCGUUAUUUUUCUGUAUUCUGUUUGUUGUGGUGCAACAAGUGUUGGACAGUUCACUAGAUAACGCGGACAAUCGUUGUGGAUGUAUCUGUGUUGAAAGAAACGCAAAUGGUAAUUGCCAGAGGAGAGAAUGUGGGAUAGAGUACUCGACAGUAGAUCAAGUAGCAACUUGUCCUAUUCCCGAUCCCCCGGAAUGGCCUGCACUAUUACAAGUACCAGGUCCCCAAUAUCGUGCAGUUAGAUCUGAUUCAAAUAUGGCUGCAGACUUCCCAAAUGAGUCUUGCAGAAGUACGGGGACUUGUCCUGCAAUUUCAUUUUUCACGGGGUAUAAUCAAACGCUUAGUCAAAUUUUGACGCAGACCAUGUUCUCAACUUCUUUGAAUAUCAAUUCCUCUGAUUUUGCAAGCAGUGUGUCCAGCAAUGUCCUGGGUACAGCAACAUAUCCCGAGGGUUACAAUUACCUCGAACCCGCUAUUGUUCAAGCACUUCCCCUCUAUAAUGUUCAAAGUCAAUGCACAUCAAACUCAACAGUUUCUGUUCUAAUCAACCAAUCAUCUAUAGCCAGGGAAAAAGAGGUACGAUGUGUUCAAGCUUUAUACCUAUGGCGCAAUAGUUCUUCCCAGGUGAACAAUGAGCUGUAUAGAGGUUACAGAAAAGGGAACUCAGAAGAGAAGAUAAAUGAGUUUGUUUCAGCAUAUGAUUUCUUGAAUUCAGAUGGCAAUAAUUUUAAUGUGAGCGUCUGGUACAAUUCUACCUAUAGGAAUUACUCAACUGGUAGUUCUAUGGCAUUGUUGCGGAUUCCACGAUCUGUCAAUCUGGUAUCCAAUGCCUACCUUCAGUUUUUGCAAGGGCCUGCUACAAAAAUGCUACUAGAUUUUGUCAAAGAAAUGCCAAAACCUGAAACAGAACUCAGAAUUGAUUUGUCAUCUCUUCUGGGAACACUCUUCUUUACAUGGGUUGUUUUACAACUGUUCCCCGUGGUGUUGGCUUCACUGGUCUACGAAAAACAGCAAAAAUUGCGAGUUAUGAUGAAAAUGCACGGGCUCGGAGAUGGACCUUAUUGGAUGAUAUCUUAUGCUUAUUUUCUUGUCAUCUCUUUGCUGUACAUGUUAUGUUUUGUGAUAUUUGGCUCAGUCAUUGGGUUGAAAUUUUUCACACUAAAUGAUUAUAGCAUCCAGUUUGUGUUUUACUUCCUCUACAUAAAUCUGCAAAUUUCCCUGGCCUUCCUUGUAGCUGCAAUGUUUUCAAAUGUUAAGACUGCUUCAGUUGUUGGAUACAUAUUUGUCUUUGGAACGGGACUUUUAGGAGGCUUUCUCUUCCAGCCCUUCCUUGAAGAUGACUCAUUUCCCAGAGGCUGGCUUAUUGUAAUGGAGUUAUUUCCUGGAUUUGCUUUGUAUCGGGGAUUAUAUGAGUUUGGAGAAUAUUCUUUCCAAGGAAAUUAUAUGGGCACACAUGGGAUGCGGUGGGGGGAUUUGAGUGAUAGCUCUAAUGGGAUGAGUGAGGUCAUGAUUAUCAUUCUUGUUGAGUGGUUUGUUGUUCUAUUUGUAGCGUAUUAUGUGGAUCAGGUUUCAUCUUCGGGUGCCGGGAAGAGCCCUCUGUUUUUCUUGCAAAGAUUCCGUAGAAAGCCUGCAUCAUCUUUUAGGAGUUCUAGUCUACAAAGACAGGGAUCAAAAGUUUUUGUUCAGAUGGAUAAAGAUGAUGUUAAUCAGGAGCGAGAGAAAGUUGAACAGUUGCUACUUGAAUCAACUACAAGUUAUCCCAUCAUUUGUGACAACCUCAAAAAGAUAUAUCCUGCAAGGGAUGGAAAUCCUGCAAAAAUUGCUGUGAGAGGAUUGUCUCUUGCUUUGCCUAGAGGGGAGUGUUUUGGCAUGCUUGGACCCAAUGGUGCUGGCAAGACUUCUUUAAUUAAUAUGAUGAUUGGGCUCACAAAACCAACCUCAGGGACAGCAUAUCUUCAGGGUUUGGAUAUACUGACUUCUAUGGAUACAAUCUAUACAAGCAUGGGUGUCUGCCCACAGCAUGACCUGCUCUGGGAAACUUUAACUGGGAGGGAGCACUUGCUAUUUUAUGGGAGACUGAAGAACCUCAAAGGUUCUGCAUUAAAUCAAGCAGUGGAAGACUCUCUUAAGAGUGUCAACCUAUUUCAUGGAGGGGUUGCAGACAAACAUGCGGGCAAAUACAGUGGAGGUAUGAAGAGGAGGCUCAGCGUUGCCAUUUCACUGAUUGGGGAUCCUAAGGUUGUCUUUAUGGAUGAACCCAGUACCGGUCUUGAUCCAGCUUCAAGAAAUAGUCUGUGGAGUGUUGUGAAACAGGCAAAACGAGACAGGGCAAUUAUUCUCACCACGCACUCAAUGGAAGAGGCAGAGGUGCUAUGUGAUCGAUUAGGAAUUUUUGUAGAUGGCGCCUUACAGUGCAUAGGAAAUGCAAAAGAGCUGAAGGGCAGAUAUGGAGGAUCUUACAUAUUCACUAUAACAACAUCUUCAAAUAACGAGGAAGAAGUGGAGAACAUGGUACAACAACUCUCCCCAAAUGCUAACAAGAUAUACCGAAUCUCGGGAACACAGAAGUUCGAGAUGCCAAAGCAAGAGGUGAGAAUAGCAGAUGUAUUCCAAGCAGUUGAGAAUGCAAAGAGCAGGUUUACAGUGUUCGCAUGGGGUUUGGCUGACACCACUCUUGAGGAUGUCUUCAUCAAGGUUGCUCGUGCGGCACAGGCCGUCAAUAUAUUAUCGUGAUUCUCACAUUCUCGUCCUCUUAUUAUAUCUACGAUGUUCAUAUAUGAUAAACCAUUUCAUUCCCCCCUUUUUUUUUUGAACUAGAAGCAUUUCAUUCAUCUACAGAUAUAGUUGUAGUGUUGCUUUUUGUUGUUGUCAUAUACGCAUUUACUUUGUAAAUGAAUUGGAUUCUCCUUUCUUAUUUAUGGAUUAUAUAAAACUAGAAUUUGUGUUACAAGAGAA